GGAGUGGGAGGGGGUCGACAAGGGGACAGGGGUGUAGGGACGGGUUGGAGACGAGCGAGCGAGCAAGCCACAGCAAGCAGUUCCAAUUCCACCGGCUGGUUGGGGUUUGUUGGUAACAGCGUCGACGGCGGCAGCGGCAGCGGCAACAGCACCAGCGGCGCAAAGCAGCAGACAGAAGCAGGCGAGGGUUGCGGUGCUAUGCGGUGCGAUACGUGGUUCGACCUCGAUGAAUCGUUUAGUCGCGGUUGGUUCCUUGCGCGUGGUAAGGUAGGCCCAGGUAAGGAUAUGGGGAUAUUGAGGCAAGCCGCAAUCCGCAAUGCGCAAGACGAGGAUCGGGAUAUGGCGUGGAUGAUGGAUUGGCGAUUGUCACGGUAUGCCGGUAGCGUUGUCGUCCCUCCGAGAUGCGGACAAGGGCAAGCUCUGGUCGGCUCGGUUCGUCGUGAGACGUCGGUCGGAGUUGGAGAGUGCUGA